AUGAGCACAUAUCUCUUCGUGGGAGACUGGGUCGACGUGCGCGACUUCGACCUGUGGCGGGGCUGCCGAGUCUCGGCGAAGACCGAGGCAGAGCUGAUCUUGCAGGUGCCCUCGCGCUGGGGCCCCGGCUACUCCGAGCUUCGGCUCCCGCGGUCGUCCCCUCAGCUGGCGCCCUUCCGCUACAAGUCCCGAGGCCAUUCCGUGCAGGAGCGUACGCCUGCGGACUGGGAGCAGGUGGCGGCCGAGUGCCGCCGCUGCUGCCAGCGGCUCACGGCGCUGGAGGCGGUGCUCCCGGACCCGGCCCCCGCGGGCUGGUCGCCCCACAGUGUCACCGGCCUGCUCUGCGGGGACGUGCCCGAGCUGGUGGACCAGCUCGGAGAGCUGCUGACCCGUGAGUACGCGGCCGCGGGGCCGUCAGCCGGGGCGCAGGCGCGGGAGGCGAACAGGAUGCUGCUGCAGUUCCUGCGCUUCUUCUGCACCUGGCUCCGCUGCGCGCCCCGGCUCCUCCUCGCCGAGGGGCGCCGGCUGUCCGCGCCGCCAGCCGCCCUCUCCUGCGUGGUGGCCGCGUGUGCCGCCGCGCUCCCCGACCUCGCGGCCGUGUUCGGCCGCGCCAUCGGGAUGGGGGAGGAAGUCGGGGGGAGGUGGAAGGCGGACUGCCGUGCCAGAGCCUUCUUCGACGCCCACCACGCGCUCCCAGAGCGCGACGGGGCCACCGCGCUGUGGCCCGGGGCCGAGGAGGCGUGGCUGCGCGAAGCGGUCGCCGCCGCCACGGGAGGCCCGGGGCGCUCCGGCAGCGUCAGCGUGCCGCGUUCGUGGCUGCUGGUGAAGCUGAGAGGCAUCGACGAGGACGCGACGGCGGUGGAGGUCUCGGUUCUGGAGGAGGCGCUGCGGCAGGCGACCCUGUGGCAGUUCAACGUGGCCACGUUCAGCGCCAUGGGUGGCUUCCAGGCGCUGCUGGGCGCCGUGGCAGUCGGGACGCUGGGAGGCGCGGCGGCCCCGGAGCUGCGGCCGCCGUCGCUGGAGGGCGUGCGGUCGAUGCUGCUGCCACUCGGCGCAGCGGCACGGUCGCUGCGCUCGCUGCCGGGCACGGCGGGGACAGCGCAGAGCCUUGGCAGCGCCUGGGAAGAGUCAGUGCUGCCUGGCUUGCUGGUGUCGGCGCGGAGCCGGAUCACUGGGAUGCGCGACGAGGAGGUCAAGGCAACGGACCGCGAUCAGCUGGUGCAUUGCGUAUCCGAGCCAGUGGCGGGCGUCUUCGCCGCCGCCGGCUCUUCGGGGCCCGCGGUGGAGGACCUGAGUGAAGAGUUGCUGCUGCUCUUCUGCCGCAGGCGGCUGCAGAGCCCUUUCCUCGAGAGGAGGCUGAGGGCCCUGGCCGACGUCAAGGAGGCGAUCGACCGCCUGGGCCCGCAGUCCGUCAGCCUCGCGUCGCGGGCCGCGUCUACGCCUGGCGCGCAGGCUGCGUCGCUGACCUCCGCGGCCGGGCUGGCGCGGUGGCUCGCGGAUGAGGAGCGCCACGGCCUGCUGCCGAUCCUGCUGGGCGCCCGGGCGCACCCGGAGGUGCUGCGCAGGUCGUCUUUCUUGUUGCGCUUCCUGGCGCGGGAGGGGCUGCUGACCGCCGAGCGGCUGGAAGCCCUGUGGGCGUGCGGGUGUUCGGGGGACAAGCACGAGGGCCUGACCACCUGCGUGCUGGACCUGCUGGUGGAGGUCGCGCCAGGGCUGGACCGGGCCCAGACUGGGCUGCUGGUGGGGAAGGUCCGGGAGAUGCCGCCGGCCAGCGUGGACGCCAAGUUCUUCCGCUUCCUGCGCGACCUGCUGCUGGCGGCGGCGAUCGCCGACCCGGGCUCCCCGGAGCCGGAGGCCGCCGGGGAGCCCCGCGCGCGGGGGCCGCUGGAGCUGGGGCUGGAGGUGCUCUGGCAGUGCGUCCAGGCCGAGGCUGGGGACCCCGCGGCUGGCCCCGCGCCGAGGGGGGCGCGGGCGUGCUUCCUGGACCUCCUGCGGAGCCCGCACUUUGCGGGGCACCGGGCGCCGUACCUGGAGGCCUGCUGGCGGAGCCUGGCGCGCGACGCGACGGCGCCACUGGCGCGCCUGCUCCGCGAUAUCGCCGAUGCCUUCCCGGAGGGCCACCGCGACGCCGCGCUGCUCUGCCUCGGGAGGGAGGACGGCGCCCCCCGAGGCGAGCCCACGGCCAUCCUCCUCUCGAGCGCGCUGAGGGCCCUCGCCAGCGCGGACCCUGGCGGCGCCGCCAGCGACCCCAGCGGUGGCACUGCCGCGGGCGGCGCGGAGGCGUCCGGCAGCCUGGCUGGCGCUCUCGACGUCGCAGGCCGCGCGGCGGCAGAGCUGGCCCUCUGCAUCCGGGGCGACGGGGCCAGCGCGAUGGAGGGGCGGCUCGACCUCUUCGCAACGAUCGUGGAGACCCUCCUGUACGUCCUCACGGAGUCGCGCCUGCAGGUCUGCUUCGCGGACGCGCAAAGCCUGUGGCUGGCUGCCAGGGCGGCCGGUCCGAGGGAGCUGGACCUCGCCGCGCGCUUUCUGUCGGCCGCUGCUGGGUUUACCUUUGCGUCGAAGGUCCUCAGCCGGCCGCGCUGGGCCGUGUGGUCGGAGUCGGAGCACCUGCGGUUCUUCCGGGAGGUGCUGUGCAGCGCCGAGGACGCCGGGUUCGCGAAAAUGUCCCAGGACGGGCUGACCUGCUUCGUGAACUACAUGAAGCUCUGUAACCUCAGGCUGUUCAACAGCAGCCUGCACGGCGACAUCAUCCAGAUUGCCGAGACACCCGUCCUCGUGCCUGGCCUCUCCCAGUCUUCCCGGGUCGCGGCGUACUCUCAGCUCGUCGGCCGGGACGGGCCGCGCAGACUCAGCGGCCUGUGCGGGCUCGCCGGGGCGGUGGGACGGCGCUUUCGGGUGGUCGGGCAGAGCCCCGUGGGCCUCGCGGAGUUGUGGGAUAUGGCCCUGCAGAUUCGGGCCCCGGCCGUCUUUGAGAGCUGCAGCGACUUCCUCGUCGGGUGCGCGCUCUCCGCGCAGGCUGGCAGCGGGGCCGGCCGUCGCCGGGGCGAGCCGGCACUGCUGCGGCAGUGCAUGCAAAUCUUGGGUGCUCCAGGAGAGGCCCCCGGGGAGAACGCUGGGAUGCUGGUGCAUAAGGCGCUGGCCAUCCUGGCCAAGUGGCUGUGCCUCGCGCGCCGUUUCGGCGCCUACGAGCAGGCCGUGGCCAGCUGGCCGCUGCAGAGUUGCCCCCCGCAGCGCGACCGCCAGUCCCGCGCCGAGCCGGCCUCGUCCUUUCACGUGACGCUGAAUCCUUCCUUGCGCGGGGAGGGCGGCGGGGCGCCAUUGCAGCGCACCGUCUACGUCCAGAGGUCGUCGACGAUCGGGCAUCUGCGCGAGAAGGUGGCCGCGACGUUCCUCAUGGAGCCCGAGGAGACACGCCUGUACGCCGCCGUAGGCUCGCAGACCCUGGACUUCGACCUCGACUGCCUCACCAUCGACGAGUGUCCAGUGCCCGCCGCAUUGUGCGCUUCGACCACCGCCACGCGCGGCCCCGAGGCGCUGCAAUGGCGGCCGUCAGAGGACGACGCGGACGCGCUGCUGGACCUCCUCGGCGCAGACCAGGCUGGGCUCCGCUGCGAGGGGCCCGUCUGGGCGAUCUUGGGGUGCCUGCCAGCGCACGAGCACGCGGCUAGCGCCUUCGCCGACGCCGCCAUGUGGGGCCUCGAGGCGGGCAGCGCGGUGGAGCGGCCCCUGGCACGCCUGCUCGCCGAGCGCUCUUUGGCGGGCGCGAUCCCGCUUGACCCGGCCGUGGAGGCCUUCGGGGCCUUCUGGCGCGCGAAGGCCUGGCGGCCCGCGCGCGGCGGGCCGCCUGGGCGGCCAGACGCGGCGCGGCUGCUCUACGCCCUGCGCGUGGCGAGCAGCCUGAUGGCGGCCGGCUCGGCUGCGGAUGCCGCGGACCGCUUGCCGCUGCUGGUCCGCGGCACGAGUCAGCCGCCCGGAGACUUGUGGAGCCUGGGGUUCUUGAGGGCGGGCGGCCUGGAGCUGCUGCUCCAGGUGCUGGCGCACCUCCGCGGGCGCGACUGCGUGCACGCGCGGCGCUGCUUGUCGCUGUUGGCGCUCUGCAUCCGCGAGUUGCUCGCUGGGUGGCUCGGCGAGGCCUGGGACGCCACGCUGGGCGGCCACGCCGCCCUGGCAGAGACUCGCCGCGCGCUGGGGCCAGUGGUGCGGAGUGGGCUUCCAGCCCUCGUCCCGCAGCUGCUGGAGGCGAUGCUGGGGAUGCUUCGGCAGGCGACUCGAGACGCCGACGCCAGCGCCGUGGACGCCCCAGUUUUCUUGGCCUACAGCGCCCACGCCCUGAGGCUGUGCGCAGGGCGACCGCUUGUGCCAGACGAGGUCGCGUCUAGCGACGCCACAGGAUGCAACACGCGGCGGGAUGAGGUGAGCACGUGCGUGACGCGCGUCUUCUGUCUGCUCCAGCUCGCCCUGCGCGCCGAGCCCGCGUGUGUGGCGGAGUUCGGCGCCUUUGGGCAGACGGGCGAGCUGCUACAGGAGGGGCUCAUGGGGCCAGACGCGGCCGUGCGCGAGGCCGUGGCGGCGGGCCUGGGCGCGCUGUGCACGAAGGACCCCAGUGACGACUGCUCCCUCAGCGGCGCCCUGCUCGCCAGGCUCCUCUUCGAGGUGCUGCCCCUCUGGCAGCGAUGCCCAGCCCGCUCGGGCCAGCUCUUCGCCUUGCUCGCGCGGCUGCUGCAGCGGCGGCGCUCGCCGCAGCCGGCGGCCAGCGGCCUCGUGCCGCAGCCGAGGCCGCCGGCGCUCCGGCUGGACGAGCUGUGGGACGGGGCUGGCGACUCCUCCCCGGCGCGGGGGCAGCAGAGGCGCGGCAUCGAGGACCUCGUCGGCUCGUUCGUCCGCUGGCUGCGCGACGGCGCCGAGGGGGAGGAAGAGGGCGAGGGCACGGUCCUCGGUGUGCUGCAGCUCCUGUACAGCAUCCUCCGCUGCUUCCCACAGAUGAAGGGGGCCGCCUCCGCUGGCCUGGCGGAGGCGCUGCUGCGGAACUGCCUCGGCGCGGCCGCCGCGUCGCCCGAAGGCGAGGGCGGCGGCGAGGCCGCCAGGGCGCCUCUGUGCCGCUCGCCGCGGGGCAGGCAGGCGGCGUGCGCGCUGCUGCUGGAGCUGGCGACGGGGGACCCAGACGGCUGCGUUCAGGUGGCCCGGCGCCUCACCGCGGCCGGGGCGGCGCCCCGGCCCGACCGCCCCGGAGGGCGCUGGUGCCCGUCGGGCUGGCUGGUGCUCCCGGACACGGGCGCCAAGUCCACCACGGGCUUCGUGGGGCUGAAGAACUUCGGGGCGACGUGCUACAUCAACUCGGUGCUGCAGCAGCUGUUCGCCCACGCCGAGUUCCGGGAGGGCAUCCUGGAAGGCACCGGGCCGCACCCGACUCCUCCCCCCGAAGCGCCGGCGGCGCACUCGGCGGAGAGGGAGCUCCUCUAUCAGCUCCAGGUGGUGUUCUCGUCGCUGCAGGCGUCGCAGAGGCAGUUCUACUCCCCCAAGGACUUCUGCUCUAAGUUCCGCGACUGGGAGGGCAACCCGGUGGACGUGCACCAGCAGAUGGACGCUGAUGAAUUCCUGAGCUUGCUCAUGGACCAGAUCGAAAAGGCCAUGGGCGGCAGCCCAGAGCCACCUCUGGCGGGCGAGGGGGCCGAGGACCCGUGCGAGAGGGAGGCCAGGCCGGCAUCCCUGCUGCGGCGUAUCUUCGGCGGCACGCUCUGCACGGAGAUCAUUCCCAAAGACGCCGGCAUUGCUCGGUCCGAGCGCCGAGAGGACUUCCUGGUCCUCUCGCUCGAGGUGAAGGGCAAGGCGUCGCUGCAGGCGUCCCUGGCGGCCUUCGUGGAGGGCGAGACGCUCGAGGGUGACAAUGCGUACUACAGUGACGAGGCCGGCUGCAAGGUGGACGCCGAGAAGCGCACUUCUGUGUACAAGCUGCCAGAGACGCUGAUACUGGUCCUCAAGCGCUUCGAGUUCGACUUCGACACGAUGCAGAAGGUGAAGCUGAACGACCUCUGCGAGUUCCCGAUGCACCUCGACAUGCGGCCGUACACCAAGGAGGCCCUGGACGGCGCUGGACCUGAGAGCGGCACUGGCGGGGAGGAGUACGCGCUCUGCGGGGUGCUCCUGCAUUCCGGGACCGCGGACUCGGGCCACUACUCCUCCCUGGUCAGGGUCGCCGAGGGCGCCCAGGAGGGGGUCGCCCAGUGGCACGAGUUCAACGACACGAUCGUGACGCCGUUCUGCGAGGAGGACAUCCCCCGGGAGGCCUUCGGCGGCCGCCUGGGCGACGAGGGCGGCGCCGGGUUCGCGCGGUCGAAGAACGCGUACAUCCUGUUCUAUACGAGGCGCGCGCACUCGGCCGGCUCCAGGGCUAACCCGCUCGGCGGCGGCGGGGCGGAGGCCGUGUCGCAGGGCGCCAGCGACUUCAUUCAGCGGUCCGUGGAAGCCGCGAACCGCCACCAUUGGCAGGUCCAAGCCGUCUUCUCGGCCGAGUACGCGAGCCUCGCGUGGCUGUUCGCGUCUAACUUCCUCUCCUCACCAGCUCUGCUCUCUCGCGAGCUGGCGGCGACGAGGCAGGAGCAGGUCUUGGAGCAGGUCGGCGCCCUGAAGUUCAUGCAGAUCUCGCAGCUCCGGCGCGACCGCCCGGGCCUGGCGGGCCCCGACUCAGAGGAGGGCGAGCAGCUGUCGUUGAUGGUCUGCCAGUUCGCUGUCGGUUUCAUGUUCACCGUGUUGGCCAAGAGCAGGGAGCGCCAGGCCAUGCCAGAGUGGUGCUGGGGAUGA